CCCCCAGUCCCCCCGCCUCUUUCCCCCGAGUCUCCCCCAGUCCAGCCGCCCCUAUCCCCCCAGUAUCUCCCAGUCCAGCAAACCCUUCACCUACUUCAGCUUCCCGUGGGUCCCCCAGUCCAGCCAGCCCUUCCUCUACCGCAGCCCCCCCGCCUCCCCAAAUCCAGCCAGCUCUUUCCCUACAGCCCCCUCUACUCCCCCCACCCCAGCCAGCCCUUCCCUUACUCUGCCCCCCCAUGCCUCCCCCAGUCCAGCAAACCCUUCCUCUACUGCAGCCCCCCCCGCCUCCCCAAACCUAGGGACCCCUGCCCCUAUUACUUCCCCUCCUACUCGCUGCAAUCGAGCCAACCCUUCCCCUCCGGCACCCCCCUGGGGGUCCCCCAGUCGAGCAGACCCUUCCCCUUCUGCCCCCCUCCCUGCAUCACCAAGCCCACCGAGCUCUUCUCCUGCUACUUGCCCCCCCCGCCCAGCAGCCCCUCCCCCGUUUACACCCCGCUCCACAUCCCCCAGUCCAGCAAACCCUUCCCCUCCUGCACCCCGCUGCCACCGGCAGACCCCUACCCACAUUUCACCCCCCCGUGCACCCCGCAAUCACUGGACCCCCUCCCUCCCCUACUCCUCCAGCCCACCCCGCGCCGUGGCUCCCUGUCCCCGCGGCUGCACGUCUGGGGGGUGCCGUCCCCACCCCAACACCCUGCCACCCCCUGAGCGGGUACCUGCCUGGGGGGGGGAGUGAGGGGGCACAGGGAAUCUGCUGCUCUCCUUUCCCCACCCCCAGUCCCAUGGGGGAGGCUCCCGUGGCGGAGCUGGAGGCGGUGCUGGGUGGGGGCAGCUGGGACGUGGGGACAAGCUUCGAGGGUGCCCCCGGACCCUCGGUGCCCACCCGCCUGGGGAGGAACGUCUGCUACGUGGUCCUGGCUGUGCUCUUCAACGAGGAGGACCAAGUGCUGCUGGUGCAGGAGGCCAAGGCCGAGUGCCAUGGGAAGUGGUACCUGCCAGCGGGCAGGAUGGAGCCCGGUGAGGGCAUCGUGGCUGCCAUGAGGAGGGAGGUGAAGGAAGAGACAGGGCUGGAGUGUGAGGCUCUCACCUUGCUGGCACUGGAGGAGAGGGCACCGGCCUGGAUCCGCUUCGCCUUCCUCGCCCGCCCCACCGGUGGAACCCUGAAGACCCUGGCUGCUGCCGACGCCGAGUCCCUCCAGGCCACCUGGUGGGCAGGGGACCCCCGUGCCCUCCCCCUGCGUGCCCCUGACAUCCUGCCCCUGCUGGAGCUGGCUGCCCGCUACCGCCGCAGCCCCCCGCACCCCCCGGUCCUGCCCCAGCCCCUGCCCUGCGCCCACCUCUGCCUGCGGCUCCUCGUCGCCUGCGCCAACCGCGCCGGGCACCUCUGGGUGCUGCUGGGCACGGCUGGCACCCCCCACCUGCCCUUGGUGGCUUGUGGCACGGCCCCAGGCCAGCCCCGGGGGGGCGGGGGGGGGCUGCGGCUGCCCGUGCUGCGCCUGCUGCGGGACUGCCUGGCGCAGGACCCCCGCCCGGGGCCCCUGGGGCUGCUGGGGCUGCAGCACCACCCGGGGGGGCCCGGGGAGGGGGGGGAUGGGGUCUGCUUUAACGUCCUGCUGAGCAUCCCCGAGGGCAGCCCCGGGGGUGCCCCCCCCGAGCUGCGCUGCCCUGAGCUGCGCUGGUGCCAGGUGGAGGAGGGGAGGCUGAAGGGACUCAUCCUGCAGCGGCUCAGCGCCACGGUGCCCAUCCGCAGCUAAGGGCACAGCCAGCAGGCACCAGGAGCCCAGGGCUGGGCCUGGGGAGGGUCCAACUGGAG